CACAAGUUUGAGCCGUAGUUUCGUUUUUGAUGAGCCACUGAAUUAAGCUACAGGGGUAUAUGUAACUACAGUAUGUCCGAUGACCUGUUAGCAAUUGCUCCAGUUGCUUGUUGUUGCAUAGGAUGCGUCUCCGAGUGUUGCUUGGAUUCCUGUCGGACUAUCGUGUUUAUUGUGGUCGUGGGGGUGAAGAUAGCCGAUUUGGUGUUCAAUAUUCUGAUCUUGAUUGAAACUAUGGACGAAUUAAAUACUGUAAAUGCAUAUAUGUCAACAGACAGUAACAGUUCUGACACUGAUGACUGGCAAGCAAACUGGAAUACAAGUUUUGAAACUGAUAUCUGGAAUACAGGCCAGAACACUACUUGGAACACUACUUGGAAUACGACAAAUAAUCGGACAUAUUGUAUAUUUGACAUUGAUUACGAUAUAUCCGAGAAAGUAGAUCUUCUCGACACCCUGCUCACAACAUAUAAGAUUUAUAUCGGCAUCGCAGGGUUUAUACUAUUGGUCUACAUGACGAUGUGGUUGUUAAUAGCCUGCAAAUUUAAGAAAAAUAAAGGUAUAGGUAAUAUGUGGAAAGCAUUGGGCAAAUUCCAGAUCUACCUAGCAUUGGCCUACGAUAUCCCCAUGAAUACAAUAGCCAUAGAACUGCAGUGGGUGAAAGGAGGUUCAAGCGGCAUUGACUGUUGGUUGUGUUCCAAGGAUCCAACUUGCUCGGACUUAGAGCCUCUACGCCUUGUUAGUCCCUUGAAGCUCCUUUCAGACAACCAACAAGAAAGAACGGCAGCAGAUUUGUGGUUAAGUCUCGGAAUAUCGUCGCUGUCUACGCUUUUUGAAAUGAUGACUUUAGCAAAGCCAUACUUUUUUAGCACAUCUUCAUGUUACUUAUUAUGUUGCGUAAAUGAUAAAGGCGAUACACCUGGCAAAUGCUGCGUUUUAUGGUAUUUAUUUGCUGGAAUUUUCGCAGGGAUUCAUGUUCAAAUGACAAAUAUACUUCUUUUGUAUUUCCACCUGUUGCCGCAGGGGGACUUCCCCUGGCAGUUUCAGUAUACAGUUGCUGUUGUGUUGGCAGUGGCUUUUAGUUGCGUCACUGGGGAUUUCUUUCUGACAUGCUGUGGGUCCUGCUGUUGGUGUUGGUGCUGCAAGGAUUCCUCCUCUCCUUCUUACACAAAAGCAUUAGCAUACUUUUUUUUCGUUUUAAGUUUUAUUUUAAUGGGUGUGGAGUUAUUUAAAAUAUUGUUUCCCCUUAAUCACCCCAAAGACAGUUACAUUAUGAUCAUGGUAGUUGGAGGUGCUUUUGUACUUACUUGUAUCAUGUUGUUAUUGGUAGUACUUGCCGGCUCGUGUAGCGAUUCAGAGACAUGCAUGUCAUAUGUGGAUCUACUUGUUAACUAUGAAACAGCUUUUAAUAAAGUGGGUCCACUCUUAGAGUCUCAAAACCAAGAGAGCUGCUAAAAUGGUGUUUUCUUGAUUGGAAAACGUACAGAAUUGGAAGUAAAUUUGAACAUUCAUAGGUAGGCCUGCAUACGAAUCAGUUAUGAGAGAUGGAGAGAGAAAUGACGUUCUGAUACCUUUUAGUGCAAAAUGUACGACCGCACUGCCCUGGAUAUCAUUAUAUUUAGUUUUAGUUACAUAACCGUGUUUAUGUCUUGGUAAAUACUGUAUUGACAUGCAUUAGAAAAUGUACAUACAUAUACAUGUAUUUGAGAGCAUUUUUUUGUGUUGCAUAGACUAAUGAAUUUGAUUUCCUGACCUGUAAACCAUCACAUUUUUGCCAGAAAACCCUAGAUAAGCAUAAUUAAGAUCUUUACCUUCUUGGUAAUAAUCAUGUGUAUAUAUUGUCCGUGUACCAUUUGAGGAUUAAGAUUACACUUUGAAUUUAGCGCUAAAAUACAAUAGACGAGUGUGAUAAUUACAGGGUAGUAAAACGAUU